AGGGGAUGAGGCACGGGGUGGCCCUGGGGAUGGUGGAGGGACGUGGGGAUCUGGGAGGGUUUUAGAGGGGAUAAGGGGAAGACCGAGUGACGCUGUGGGUGGCAAAGGAGUGCUGGGGAUGGCACAGGAGACGUGGGGAGGAUGGGAUGACCGACGGGGGUGGCAGAAGGGCCACGGGGCUGUCCCCAGGGUGGCCGAGGGUGACAGGGCUGUGAUAUCUCCCGAGGGUGCUGGUGGUGUCCCCAGUGUCCCUGCGUGCCCCUUCACCAUGUGGCCCUGCCUGCUGCUCGCCCUGGCCCUGCUGGGCACUGUCCCCCCCAGCUGCUCCGGCCCUGUCAGCCCCAUGGCAGAGGAGAUGGAGGAGGCGAUGGGGCUGGAGGUGCCUGAGGAGGCUGUUGGGGCCAGUGACACACAGACAUUCAGCGUCCCCAGCGCGCCGGGCGCCAGCACCCGCACCUACGUCGUGGUGCCCAAGUGCCGGACCUUCCAUCAAGCACAGAGUUUCUGUGCCAGGAGAUACCGUGGGAAAUUGGCCUCGAUCCACAGUGCCAGCACCAACGCCUUCCUGCUGCGCCUGGUGCACCGGCUCAGCAACGCAGGCCUGGUCUGGAUCGGUGCCGUCAGCGACCCUGCCAUCCCGAGACCCCACUGCCACUGGACUGACCAGAGCCCCUGGGACUUCAGCCAGUGGCUGCCCGGGCACCCCCUGCCUGGCCACCACUUCUGCACCAGCCUCUGCACCAAAAAUGCACGCUGGAGGAGCGUGAAAUGCAAGAGGCGGCUGCCCUUCAUCUGUGAGAUAUGAGGGUCUCAGCCCCCCGGGCCCUCCCCAGCCCACCCUGCCGCCGACCCCCGCGCAGGGAACUGAACCCCCCCUCUCGGAGCUCAGUAAAGCCUUGGUGUCAGCACUCA